AUGUACUCGAAAUUAAACUGCGAAGUGUUAGAGGAAGAAUUGGCGUUCGAAGUGCGCUGGGCCAUUGCGGGCGACAGCAUCGUGCUGCAGCUCGUCGCUAAACUCGAUGAACCUGCUCAGUACAUGUCAUUCGGUGUCUCCGGCAACCUCGAGCACUCGCGGAUGAUUGAAGGAGACGUCGCGGUCACGUGGGUGGACAAAAACACUCUAAAGGGAUACGCAGAAGAUUACUACUUGGAAGCCAAGAGCCAGUGCGCGGGGAAACACGGCUCCUGCCCCGAUGAAAAAAUUGCUGCAGGCACGAGUUCCAUCCGCCUCCUCAACGCCGCGUACGUGAACGGCUACUCCAUCGUGACGUACCAGCGGCCGCUGAAGGCUUCGGACUUCUUGGAUCGGCCCGUGUUCACCAACAGGAGUCAGCCCGUCAUCUGGGCGGUCGGGCCUCUGAAUUCGGAGAUGGAAGUGUCAUACCACCAAUACUUCACUAAGGGUGAUAAGUUCUUCGAGUUCGGACGGCCACCCAUCUGGAACUGCCCUAUGCCCGAAAGUGAUGAAAUGAAGGCUCCCGUCCAAGAAGAAAGCUCCACAGCUGAAGAUUAUACGUCAGUGGUAAAGUUCAAGCCGGUACCGACGCCGCGGUCGGUGCCUCGUGUGAAGCCGUGGGACAUCCCCGGCAUACAGUGCUACGAGCCUCCAGAUGGCGUUUUCUACGCACAAAUGGGUCCCACUGGUGGGAAACAGGGAUACUCUGCUAUAACUGGUCACGUCGGCUGGGGUAUAUCUUGGUACAUCAAUGGUCUAUUGAUUCCCGAGAUAACGGUAGUGCGAGGCAAGAAGUACACGUUCGUGACCGAAGGUGGCACUGACCCUGAGGUUCCUGCUAGAUACCAUCCCUUCUACAUUACUGAUGACCCUGUUGGGGGGUACUUCCACAAGUCGGAUGCAGAGAAGCAGGGUAUAACGAUCUAUGCAGGUGUGCGUCGUAUGAGAAAUGGGGAAUUAGUACCGACCGGUGUAGGUCGUCUCUGUAACUGGACGCCAGACAGUGAUGGUCCUGACGCCGAUGAGUACCCUAGCUUUGGAGCCUAUCAAAGAUCACUUACUUUGAUUUGCGAAGAAGGCAAUCCAGGAGUCGUAACUUGGAUACCAGAUAAAAAUACGCCUGACACUGUGUACUACCAGUGCUUUACUCAUCGUUAUCUUGGUUGGAAGAUACAUGUAGUUGACGAGUGCGAUGCCACAGAGGCAGCGGAAAGUAGAAUCGUUGAAACUAUAGCUCUUCCAUCCGAUUUGUUAGGCGAAGAAUCUAUUCAGGUACAGAGCCGUAUGAAACCAGACGCAAACUUUUUAGAUCAGCGCAAAAAAAUAGAGAAAAUAAUCAAUACGAAACAAAAUUAUAACGAUUUCAGUAGCGAUAAUGGAGACGGCCUCUCGGGGGAAGUGUAUCCGGUGCCCGGCAGCCACAUCCGCCCUUCAGGACACGAGUUUGAAUUGCCGAUAUCCAAACUACAAAUCAAAGAAGUAAUUGAAACUGUAGAAAGCUUGGAAGAUCAAAUGAGAGAGGAGAUGAAGAAAAACUCAACACAUCCGCAAAAGUUACAACAAUAUCAAGUACAUGAAGAUGUCAAGGAGUUUGUACCAGAACAACCGAUACGUGAGGGAGAUGAAUAUAUAUUUGAUAUGGUAAAAUCACCAGAAAGCUUUUUGUUGCCUCCUAAUCAAAAGCCACAAACAUUACAUAAUGUAUUACGUCCAAACUCACCGAAACCAAUAGGAAAUAUGAGACCACCAUUCCGCAGACCUGUACCCCCAGAAAUAAAGUUACGUAGACCUUAUCCCAUGCAUAAAGGAAAUAAUCCUUAUCCUUUGUCUAUGCCAAAUCCACACCCACAACAUACCCAUGGAAUGUCAAAAAAACCAAAUAAACACCACAAUAAUCGUCCUCCACCAAAUAUGAAUAGACCUCAGCAGCCUAAUGCUCCACCUAUGAAAGCAAUGCCAUCCAUGCAUCAGAAUAAACCAAAUUUCUAUCAGGUGCCUCCGAAACAUUCACACAAACUACCCACCACACCUCUGCAACCAAUUAUAAUUGGAAAACCAGGGCACAAUGUUAUAGUUCCACCACAAAGUCAGACGUUGAGUUUAGGUCAUACUGAUAUAAUUGCAAACCAAGUCGUCAAAAGUCAAAUAACAUUACCAGGAAAUAUUGAUGCUGUCGCUCAGCAGAGCGCUCCUCCAGUAUUCUUUAAUAAACCAGGACAAAUAAUUCUUGGAAAACCCAUGGAUCAUCCUUUGCCUUUAGAUCAACAAAUGACGCAAAGCAAACCUCAAUCUACAAAUCCUCUAAGAAUAUCUUCUUCACCUCAGCCAGAAAUUCACUAUCAUUCUUCAACUUCUCAAGAAAAACCUACCGAAAAUGUUCAUAUUCAAAGCGAUAUCAAAUCGUCUGAUUUUAUGGGACAGUCAACUGAUUCUUCAACAUUUUCACCUGCAAUUAAUACAGGCUUCAAACCUGACUCCAUUGUUAUUGAAAGUGGAUUUAAGCCAAUUAUACGGGAGCCAUUAAUGGCUGGGGAAGACAAAAUAGCAGAAUAUGAUGGAAAUAGUGCAAAUAGACGAGAGGAUACCGAUGUAGAAGAAGAUUAUGAAGAAGCACCGCAAUAUAUUAAUUCAAAUCAUGCUUAUCCUAGUGAUAAGAUAACAGAAACUUUCGAACCGAUGUUUAUACCGUCUCCUCCAGAUCAUUUACUGUCAAGUAAUGAUAAAACUAAAGAAAUAUUUCCAAGUAAUCAUGCUAAGGAAGACAGGCCUCAUCCAGUAUAUGUAAAAACUGAAAAUGAACUAAACGCUUUAUUUGGGAAGAAAAACAUGGAACGAGAAGCGCCUUCAGAUAUGAUAAUGGAAUCAGAUAAAGUAAGCACACAAUACUUACCACCUGCUCCUAAAUUAUCCAAAGAGUACUCACAAAAAUUGACAUCUGAACAAACAUUUACUACUUAUGAUGGUAAAACUAUAUCUGCUGCGACUUUAACUAGUGUCCCAGAAGUUAAAUCUAAUACAAAAAUAUUUUCUUCAAAAUUGCCAGCAAAUACGGAAUUACUGCUUAAAACACCUCAGUUUGGCCCGUUUAAAGGAGAAAUUCCUCCAGUAAUAGCAGAACAUAUCCCACCGGAUAUGUCAAAUCUUCCUAUUCCAGUUAUUUCUAAUAAAAGAACGACUCAUUUAAAAUUGGUCAAUUCUUUUCCAAAACAUGAUGCACCAGUAUUAGAAGACUUAAAAGCAGAAGAUAGUGAAAAACACGAAGAAAAAGUACAGUCUGAGAACGAAGAAGAAGAAGAUGAUGAAUAUGAAGAAGAUGGAUCGGAAGAUGAAGAAAGCAAACGUCGUAAAAGAGAUACAAAAACAGCGCUAUUUGAAGCUGGAAAAGUUGAUGAAGGAACAACUGAAGUGAAUGGGAAAGAUAAUGAUUCGAUAAAUCACAUGGAUUUCGAACCCGUUUCUUCGUCCUCUAAAAUGUCUUCUUCGUUAACAUAUUUUAUAAUACUGAAUGUUUUAAGAAGGUUUUUC